AUGGAUGGAAUUGGUUUGGACCAGAUCACGGUUUGAACCCGAUCCGUGUGCGGAACAUCAUAUACCCUCAAGUUUUACAGUGGCUUUUUGGCGGGAAAGAGGAUGAGCUCGUCGGCGGUGGAGCCAGAGGCUCCUGAUCUAGUGUGUCAGCUGGACAACGUCCAAGGCAUGGUCGAUGCCCUCAGCUCCGUCCGAUGGAAGCGCCAUCAGGAUGCAGUUGUGGAAUUGUCGGAGCAUGGAAUCGUGGUGAUUCUUGAGGAAACAGGUUGUCUUCAAGCCAAAGUAUAUCUACAACGUGAGCUUUUCAUACAUUAUGAUUAUAGCGCGCAAGGGAGGCCGCGAUUUGGAAUGAGCUUGGGCCUUUUGGUUGAUUGCCUGAACACGUUUUCUGCUCCUGGACAUUCUAACACGAUUGAAAUUCGAUAUCCAGGGCCUGACAUGCAGCUUCUUCUCAAAUCCGUUGAUUCGCUGGAUGCUUGCAUUUAUGCGGAGAUCAGAACAAGGAUCCCAGAUGUCAUUUCAUGGGAUUACAACUUUGAACCUGCAGGAAGCACUCCACUUAGCUUUACUGUUAAGUCUGCAGCUUUGAAGGAAGCCAUUGAUGAUCUAGAGUGGCCAGGAUCGAGCAUCCAAAUAAUUCUACAACCAGUUCCCCCUUCUGUUACCUUCAGAGGUGAAGGCCACGGUGACUUGCAGAUAGACUUCAUGUACUAUGUGAACACAGAUCUGUUGAUUGCAUUUCAUUGUGAUCGCCAAGUCUCCUACAGGUACAAGUACAAGUUCCUCCAUGCAGUGACUUCUAACAUGCCUAGCAGCGUCAUCAAAGAUAAUCGAGGAAGCAAGUUGACUAUCGGGAGAGGUGGAAUGUUGAAAGUUCAGCACCUGGUUUCAGUCGCAAGACCAUCUGUUUCACACAUCGAUUCUGCUGGCUACCAGCAACCCAGUCGAAUUGCUUAUAUCGAAUUCUUUGUCAAGCCUGAGGUAGAUGAGGAUACAGCAAAUGAUUCAUAGGCUUUCUUUGGAGUGAUACAAAGUUGUACGGUUUCUUGUUCUUACGUAUAAUGGAAAAACAAAGCGAUUCGCAUAUGGCAUCUUCUGGAGAAUAUAAUAUUGUUUACUGGAACUCCCCUAAUAUGUUGAUGCUGUCAAAUGUGUCAAUGCUUAACCAAAGCAUUUUGUAUCUAACACAUACUUUAUAGGUUUUGUUUAAAUUUAGGAUUAAUUUAAGUAACA